AUGCUGGUGCAGGAGUUAGUUGACAAGUUGCCACCGAGCUACAAACUGGAUUGGGUCCGGUAUAAGCGAGGGAAGGUGGACAGUCCGUUGCGAAUGUUCACGAACUUCACAAAUGACAUCGUUUCGGAUGUGUCGGAGGUGACGGAGUUCUCGACAUUGUCGCUAAGCGAGCGUGAGCCUUCGCGAAUGGGGAAAGGAAAUUCCCGAAAGAAGGAGUUUGUACAUCUCCAUGACGCGGACCAGGUUUCUGAUGAAAUUCAAAGAGAGACAGUAACUAAGCCGUGCUGGAUCUGUAAACGAACGGAUCAUCUCAUCAGGUGCUGUGAGGAGUUUAAGCGGAUGAACAUUGCCGCCAGGUUGAGAGAGGUUGAGCGACAAAACCUGUGUGGUCUUUGUUUGAACAAGCACGGAAACAGCAGAUGCACCUCGAAGAUUCGAUGCUUCAUGCAAAAUUGUCGUGGAGGCCAUCAUCCACUUUUGCAUCGAGUGGAGGAAUCGGUGCGGCUGCAGAAGGUAGAAUGCAAUGCUACCGAAAAGGCAGAUAGUGCGGUUAUUUUCCGUAUGAUGCCGGUGACGCUUUACGUGGGCAAACGACAGAUCGAUACUACUGCGUUCUUCGACGAAGGGUCGUCGGCUACGUUGGUAGAUGAUCUGGUGGCCAGGCGGCUGAAAGCAGAAGGUACUCUAGAGCCGUUGAUAGUGACGUGGACGGGCAAUAUCAACCGCUUUGAGAACGAUUCGAGGAAGGUCGAACUGAUGAUGUCGGCGAAGGGUUCGAAGGAGAAGUUUCCGCUGUUCAACACUCGAACGGUAUCAGAGUUGGUGCUGCCGAAGCAGAACGUGCGAUUCGCAGAUGUGGUAAAAAAAUAUUCCCAUCUUGCAGGCGUUCCGGUGAGAGAUUACCCAUCGGGAAAGCCGAGAAUCCUACUCGGGCUAGACAACGUCCACUUAUUUGCGCCGUUGGAGUCGCGGGUCGGUAAGCCAAACGAACCGAUUGCCGUGCGGUCGAAGAUUGGCUGGACAGUGUAUGGUUCGGAGAACCGAAGACCGAGUGCGUACACCUACCUGAAUCUGCACUCGAUCGUUCCAGCAAGCAAUCAAGGUCUCCAUGACAUGAUGCGAGAGCAAUACAUGCUAGAUGAGACAGCGAUUGCGACGUUCGCUGUACCGGAGCCCGUGGAGGAGAAAAGAGCUCGAGAGAUGCUUGAGACAACGACGAAGCGAGUGGGUGAUCGCUUCGAAACGGGGUUGCUGUGGCGUGAGGACGCACGACGAUUCCCUGACAGCUAUCCGAUGGCUGUACGCCGGAUGAAGGCUCUGGACCGUAAGCUGAACAGGAAUUCAGACUUGAAGAAAAACGUGUGCCAGCAGAUCGAGGACUAUCAAGUCAAACACUACGCGCACAAGGCGAGUGAAGCCGAACUGAAGGGUACGCCACAAACCGCUGUGUGGUAUCUACCGCUGAACGUCGUAGUGAAUCCGAAGAAGCCGAGUAAGGUGCGCUUGGUUUGGGAUGCUGCAGCAUCAGUGAACGGAGUCUCUCUUAACUCAGAGUUACUCAAAGGUCCGGAUAUGCUAGUUCCGCUUCCCAGAGUAAUCUGCAAUUUUCGGGAACGGCCAGUAGCAUUCGGUGGUGACAUUCAAGAAAUGUACCAUCAGAUCCGGAUCAGACCUGAGGAUAGGCAAGCGCAACGGUUUUUGUUCCGAGCGAACAGUGAGGAAGCUCCGCAGGUGUACGUUAUGGACGUUGCCACCUUUGGUUCCACGUGUUCGCCCUGCUCAGCUCAAUUUGUGAAGAACUUGAAUGCAGCAGAUUUCUCGGAGAAGUACCCUGAAGCAGUAGAAGCCAUCGUGAAGCGUCACUACGUAGAUGACUACUACGACAGCGUGGAUACUAUCGAAGAAGCGAUCCAGCGAGCCAGUGAGGUGAGGUACAUCCAUUCGUGUGGAGGAUUUCGGAUCAGAAACUGGGUGUCGAACUCUGCUAGAUUUCUCGAACAAAUAGGAGAAAGGAGUGUCGAUUCCGCAGUGCAUUUCAACUGGGACAAGAACACCGAAUACGAGCGUGUGCUAGGCGUCGUUUGGGACCCGGUUGGAGACGAGUUCCGUUUUGCGACCGAAUGGAAAGCAGAGUACAACAAGGUUUUCCUAGAGGAAAAACGCCCGACGAAAAGAAUUGUUCUGAGCAUUGUGAUGGCGCAAUUCGAUCCAGCAGGAUUUCUUGCUCCAGUUACAAUUCUCGGGAAAAUGCUGGUUCAGGAUCUGUGGCGGACAGGCUGCGACUGGGAUGACGCAAUCGAUGAGCUGUCGUUCAGGAAGUGGUUGCGGUGGACCAACAUUCUCGCAGACGUGCCAGUGUUUAAGCUACCUCGAAGCUAUUUCGGAACUGCGAGAUCAGAUGAGGUCGAAGAAGUCCAGCUUCACAUCUUUGCUGAUGCCAGCGAGACGGCGUACGGAUGUGUGGCAUACUUCCGUGCAAUCGUACGGGGUAAGGUGGUGUGUUCGCUAGUGAUGAGUCGAGCGAAGGUAGCACCGUUGAAGCAGCUGUCGAUUCCGCGGCUAGAACUCCUGGCAGCGGUUCUUGCGGCAAGGCUGGCACGAACGAUCGAGCAGAAUCACAACUUCACGAUCAGUAGAGUGGUGUUCUGGAUUGACGCAGAAGUGGUGCUGUCCUGGAUUCGGUCGGAUCAGCGCCGCUACAAGCAAUUUGUUGGUUUUCGCAUUGGCGAAAUUCUUAGUUUGACUAAACUGACAGAUUGGCGAUGGGUUCCGACGAGAUUGAACGUGGCGGAUCUGGUAACCAAAUGGGGUAAAGGUCUGGAGAUACACCCCAACAGCCCGUGGGUACGUGGGCAACAAUUUUUGUACGACAGUGUGGAAAAGUGGCCGAAGAGAGAAUUACCUCCAGCUAACACUACGGAGGAGCUUCGGGUUCACUUGAUGCUGCACGACGUGCAAGUUGCACAGGCUAUCGUGGACGCCAAUCGCUUUUCUAAGUGGACAGUGCUGGUGAGGACGAUGGCGUGCGUAAUCCGGUUCGUGUCGAACUGUAGACGAAAGAGCAAAAAACUGCCGAUUGAGACGCUAAAAGCAACGAGCAGACAGAGCAGAGUACUACAACCGACGGCAGCUGCGUCAGUACGUGUGGCGCUACAGCAAAGUGAGCACGAGAAGGCGGAACUAUGGCUGAUGAAGAUGGCACAGGCGGAGUGUUUCAUCGAUGAGUUGAAGGUACUGGUCAGGAAUAAGGAUCGGCCGGUGAGCCAAUGGCUGUCGAUCGAGAAGUCCAGUGCACUCUACAAACUUACUCCGCUGAUUGACGAAAACGGGCUGAUUCGAAUGGAGGGGAGAGCAGAGAAAGCAGAGUUGCUGUCAUUCGAUCUACGUUUUCCAACGAUCCUGCCACAUCAGCAUAAAAUCACGCAGCUGAUUGUUCAGCAUUACCACGAGAAGAGCGGUCACGGAUAUCGACAGGCGGUGAAGAACGAGCUGAAGCAGUUGUUCUACAUUCCGCAGCUUGACGCAGUAGUCCGGAAGGUGUCGUCGUCUUGCGUAUGGUGUAAGGUCCAUCGAAGUCGGCCUCGAGUUCCACGAAUGGCUCCGCUACCAGUGCAGCGCCCUCAUUUGAAAAAGUGCAGUGCUGGGCCUGAAAAAGGAAGUACAGUGCUGGGUCUGAAAAAGGAAGAUGUCAAGAGACUACAGUGCCACCGAGGUGGAGCGUGCGCUUUCGUUAAGGUCAGUGAUCUGGCGCUAGAACAGAAAGUGGUGGACGAACACGACGAGAAACACGAUGUGGAGUUAGAUGGGAAGAAGCACAAACUUCGAAUAACCAUGGAAGAUGGGAGUGUUGAAGUGAAAGUGUUUGACCUCCCCGAAGAUGUGAGCGAAGAGAAGAUUGCUGAUUUUUUGAGCACCUACGGUGAUGUGCUAACGAUUCAAACUGCUGGUUCAAAAGAGCUACGCAAACGUGGCAAAACAAAACGUGCCACAACCGCAACCAAAAAGUUCGACUGGCAAAAGUCAGUUAACAAGCGACUGGCCGUACCAAGCUUAUCGGCACCACCACCUCUAAUACUAAAGACAUUCCCAGAACUGCCUAAGGCAGCCGGUAUGACAGCGCACAGUAGCAGCCGGCCUGCAGAGAUUGUAUCAUCGCUAGAAUCGCAACAAAUGCAAAGACCGACGUCAUCGCAACGAGCACCACCGCGAACUGACGAACCACUUAACGCCAGGACUUUUGCAGCUGAGCUGUUUAAAAGCCGACGAACGCGAAACCGACAGCCGGGCAAAAAGCCAUGUCGGGAUAGCGAAGACGAUGAAAUGGAGCAUGAGCAACUCUAA